AUGUCAUACCAAUUAACUAGUGAAGUCAAGCAAUUCUUACAAGAAUUACCUAAAUGUGAACACCAUUUGCAUUUAGAAGGAACCUUGGAACCAGAAUUAUUAUUCAAGUUAGCCAAAAGAAAUAAUAUCGAAUUUCCUCAAUGGUUCCCCAAAGAUAUUGAAAGUUGUAAUGUCAGAUAUUCCCAAUUUAAAGACUUACAAGAUUUCUUAGAUCAUUAUUAUAUUGGAAUGAGUGUUUUAAUCACUGAAGAAGAUUUUUAUGAUUUAGCUAUAGCUUAUUUCGAAAAAGCCCAUAAGGAUAACUGUCAUCAUUCAGAAGUGUUCUUUGAUCCUCAAGGUCAUUUAGAAAGAGGCAUUGAUGUUAAACAUGUAGUUGAAGGGUUUAACAGAGCUUGUAAGGAUGCUAAUACCAAGUUUGGUACCACCAAUAAAUUAAUUAUGUGUUUAUUAAGACAUUUACCACCAAAAGAUUGUUUAGACACUGUUAAACUUACCGCACCUUUCUUUGAACAAGGUAUUGUUCAUGGUUUAGGAUUAGAUUCAUCCGAAGUUCCUAAUCAUCCAGAAUUAUUCACUGAAUCUUAUGAAUAUCUUCAAAACAAAUAUCCUCAUGUAGGUUUCACUGCUCAUGCUGGUGAAGAAGGUGACCAUACUUAUGUUUCAAAAUCUUUAGAUCAUUUGAAUGUUACUAGAAUCGAUCACGGGAUCAAUUCUCAUCAAAAUGAUGAAUUAAUGGAAAGAUUAGCUAAAGAAGAAAUCUUAUUAAGUAUUUGUCCCUUAUCCAAUGUUAAGUUACAAGUAGUUGAACAUGUUGGUCAAUUACCUAUUGAUAAGUUCUUCGAGAAGAAUAUCCCAUUUUCCAUUAAUUCUGAUGAUCCAGCUUAUUUUGGUGGAUAUAUCUUGGAUAAUUAUCUCGAAGUCCACAGACAUUUCGGAUUCUCCGUUGAAGAUUGGGGUAAAAUCGCCAUCAAUGGUAUCAAAGGAUCAUGGUGUGAUGAUGCUAGAAAAGACCAUUUACAAAAACAAGUCUUAGAUAUUGUUAAGAAGUUCCAACACAUAGAAAUCGUUUAA